CCAGCUUCCGCCGCCGCGUCGCUUCGGGGCUCGGGCGGCGGGUUCGCGCUGCCUCCGCCGCCGCGGGGCAGCCGGAGGGCGUGGAGUCGAGCGAGGGGCGCGCGACGGCGCGGCCAUGGGACUGCGCCGGACCCGGUGACAGCGGGGAGCCGAGCGACCCGGGCCCUGAGCGCAUCUCCUCUGGGGGGCCUCGCCCUCCUGCUCGCGGGGCCGGGGCUCCUGCUGCCGUUGCUGGCGCUGCUGCUGGCGGUGGCGGUGGCCAGGAUCAUGUCGGGCCGCCGCUGCGCCGGUGGGGGCGCGGCGUGCGCGAGCGCGAUGGCCGAGGCUGUGGAGCCGGCCGCCCGAGAGCUGUUCGAGGCGUGCCGCAACGGGGACGUGGAGCGAGUCAAGAGGCUGGUGACGCCCGAGAAGGUGAACAGCCGCGACACGGCGGGCAGGAAAUCCACCCCGCUCCACUUCGCGGCAGGUUUUGGGCGGAAAGAUGUAGUUGAAUAUUUGCUUCAGAAUGGUGCAAAUGUCCAAGCACGUGAUGAUGGGGGCCUUAUUCCUCUUCAUAAUGCAUGCUCUUUUGGUCAUGCUGAAGUAGUUAAUCUCCUUUUGCGACAUGGAGCAGACCCAAAUGCUCGAGAUAAUUGGAAUUAUACUCCUCUUCAUGAAGCUGCAAUUAAAGGAAAGAUUGAUGUUUGCAUCGUGCUCUUACAGCAUGGAGCAGAGCCAACCAUCCGAAAUACAGAUGGAAGGACGGCAUUGGAUUUAGCAGACCCGUCUGCCAAAGCUGUUCUAACUGUGUGCUUUCCUCUUAAGCAACUCUGCCGUAUUACUUACUGGAUUCUUAUCUACUGGGUGAUGACCGUUAGAAUCAUGUCUAAUCUAAAAGGCAAGAACCUGAGAGAUUUUGCUCUGAGCUUUGUGCCUGAACUUUGUGAUGUUUCUUCUGGCAUUGCUGAGAAAUCAACUCCAUUGCAUUUGGCAGCAGGGUACAACAGAGUAAAGAUUGUACAGCUGUUACUGCAACAUGGAGCUGAUGUCCAUGCUAAGGAUAAAGGUGAUCUGGUGCCAUUACACAAUGCCUGUUCUUAUGGUCAUUAUGAAGUAACUGAACUUCUGGUCAAGCACGGUGCCUGUGUAAAUGCAAUGGACUUGUGGCAAUUCACUCCUCUUCAUGAGGCAGCUUCUAAAAACAGGGUUGAAGUGUGUUCUCUUCUCUUAAGUUAUGGUGCAGAUCCAACACUGCUGAAUUGUCACAAUAAAAGUGCUAUAGACUUGGCUCCCACACCACAGUUAAAAGAAAGAUUAGCAUAUGAAUUUAAAGGCCACUCGUUGCUACAAGCUGCACGGGAAGCUGAUGUUACACGAAUCAAAAAACAUCUCUCUCUGGAAAUGGUGAAUUUCAAACAUCCUCAAACACAUGAAACAGCAUUGCAUUGUGCUGCUGCAUCUCCAUAUCCCAAAAGAAAGCAAAUAUGUGAACUGUUGCUAAGAAAAGGAGCAAACAUCAAUGAAAAGACUAAAGAAUUCUUGACUCCUCUGCACGUGGCAUCUGAGAAAGCUCAUAAUGAUGUUGUCGAAGUAGUGGUGAAACAUGAAGCAAAGGUCAAUGCUCUGGAUAAUCUUGGUCAGACUUCUCUGCACAGAGCUGCUCAUUGUGGUCAUCUACAAACCUGCCGCCUACUCCUGAGCUAUGGGUGUGAUCCUAACAUUAUAUCCCUUCAGGGCUUUACUGCCUUACAGAUGGGAAAUGAAAACGUGCAGCAACUACUUCAAGAGGGUAUCCCAUUAGGUAAUUCAGAAGCAGACAGACAAUUGCUGGAAGCUGCAAAGGCUGGAGAUGUAGAGACUGUAAAAAAACUGUGUACUGUUCAGAGUGUCAACUGCAGAGACAUCGAAGGGCGUCAGUCUACACCGCUCCAUUUUGCAGCUGGGUAUAAUAGAGUGUCUGUGGUAGAGUAUCUGCUGCAACAUGGAGCUGAUGUGCACGCUAAAGAUAAAGGAGGCCUUGUACCUUUGCACAAUGCAUGUUCUUAUGGACAUUAUGAAGUUGCAGAACUUCUUGUUAAGCAUGGAGCAGUAGUUAAUGUAGCUGAUUUAUGGAAAUUUACACCUUUACAUGAAGCUGCAGCAAAAGGAAAAUAUGAAAUUUGCAAACUUCUGCUCCAGCAUGUAGAUGUAGCAGCUUUACUAAUAAAGUAUAAUGCAUGUGUCAAUGCCACGGACAAAUGGGCUUUCACACCUUUACAUGAAGCAGCCCAAAAGGGACGAACACAGCUUUGUGCUUUAUUGUUGGCCCACGGAGCUGAUCCUACUCUUAAAAAUCAGGAAGGACAAACACCUUUAGAUUUAGUUUCAGCCGAUGAUGUCAGUGCUCUCUUGACAGCAGCCAUGCCCCCUUCUGCUCUGCCUUCAUGUUAUAAACCUCAAGUGCUCAAUGGUGUGAGAAGCCCAGGAGCCACUGCAGAUGCUCUCUCCUCAGGUCCAUCCAGCCCAUCAAGCCUUUCUGCAGCCAGCAGUCUUGACAACUUAUCUGGGAGUUUUUCAGAACUGUCAUCAGUAGUUAGUUCAAGUGGAACAGAGAGUGCUUCCAGUUUGGAAAAAAAGGAAGUUCCAGGAGUAGAUUUUAGCAUAACUCAGUUUGUAAGGAAUCUUGGACUUGAGCACCUAAUGGAUAUAUUUGAGAGAGAACAGAUCACUUUGGAUGUAUUAGUUGAGAUGGGGCACAAGGAACUGAAGGAGAUUGGAAUCAAUGCCUAUGGACAUAGACACAAACUAAUUAAAGGAGUUGAGAGACUUAUCUCUGGACAACAAGGUCUUAACCCAUAUUUAACUUUGAACACCUCUGGUAGUGGAACAAUUCUCAUAGAUCUGUCUCCUGAUGAUAAAGAGUUUCAGUCUGUGGAAGAAGAGAUGCAAAGUACAGUUCGAGAGCACAGAGAUGGAGGUCAUGCAGGUGGAAUUUUCAACAGAUACAAUAUUCUCAAGAUUCAGAAGGUUUGUAACAAGAAACUAUGGGAAAGAUACACUCACCGGAGAAAAGAAGUUUCUGAAGAAAACCACAACCAUGCAAAUGAAAGAAUGCUAUUUCAUGGAUCUCCCUUUGUGAAUGCAAUUAUCCACAAAGGCUUUGAUGAAAGGCAUGCAUACAUAGGUGGCAUGUUUGGAGCUGGGAUUUAUUUUGCUGAAAACUCUUCCAAAAGCAAUCAGUAUGUAUAUGGAAUUGGAGGAGGUACUGGGUGUCCAGUUCACAAAGACAGAUCUUGUUACAUUUGCCACAGACAGCUGCUCUUUUGCCGAGUAACCUUGGGAAAGUCUUUCCUGCAGUUUAGUGCAAUGAAAAUGGCACAUUCUCCUCCAGGUCAUCACUCAGUCACUGGUCGGCCCAGUGUAAACGGCCUAGCAUUAGCCGAAUACGUUAUUUACAGAGGAGAACAGGCUUAUCCUGAAUAUUUAAUUACUUACCAGAUUGUGAGGCCUGAAGGUAUGGUCGAUGGAUAAAUAAUUGCUUUAGGAAACUAAUUCCAUUGAACCUAAAAUCAUCAAAGCAGCUGGUGGCCUCUAAGUUUUAUUCCUUUGCUGAGAAAAAUCAUCUUGCCCACAGGCCUGUGGCAGAAGGAUUAAAAAUGUGAAAGAAGUUUAACAUUCUGACUUGAUAAAGCUUUAAUAAUGUACAGUGUUUUCUAAAUAUUUCCUGUUUUUCAGCACUUUAACAGAUGUCAUUCCAGGUUAAACUGGGUUUGUCUGUACUAAAUUAUAAACAGUUAACUUGAACCUUUUAUACGUUAUGCAUUGAUUCUAACUGAAACUGUAAUGCCCUCAACAGAACUCAUUUUACUAAUACCGUACUGUGUUCUUUAAAACGCAGCAUUUACACUGAAUACAAUUUCAUUUGUAAAACUGUAAAUAAGAGCUUUUGUACUAGCCCAGUAUUUAUUUACAUUGCUUUGUAAUAUAAAUCUGUUUUAGAACUGCA